AUGCAGCCGAGGUCGAGAUCUGUGCGCCAUGCACUGAAAACGAAGGAUGACCUGGAGAAGGAGCGGCUACGCCAUCGCUCCGGGGGCUUCUUCCGUUAUGAGAAUCGCGACAAUCCUAUCGAUGUCGUUCUCAACUGCCCUGGUUACUGCGGACCUCGAGAAAGGAUGACUGCCGGACCUCACUGCGAGGAGGUGAACUACGCGGAGCGCGAGCAUGCCAAGGUAGUUCGAGACGAGCUCACAGAGGCCCGCCGCAAAGGCAAGUACGACAGGGAGGAGCACAGAUGGCGAUGCAUUGCCAAUGCAGACCAGGCAGAUGUGGACCGAGUUUCGCGCAUGCAGCAUGAUCCCAUGAUGGGAAGGAAGAACGUUUCAGGCCAGCCUUUCAACAUCGUAAACCAUGGCUAUGACAGGACUCCCGCUGGGGCUCAGCUGGAGCACCACGACAACAUGAUCCGGUAUCGCUCCAGGGUGCGGGAGGCUGCAUUGGCCAUGCGAAAUCACUUGGGGUUCAAUCCCAUCAUCGGGGAGCAGCUUCGACCUCAGCGGUACAGCUUAGCACCCACAUCAGUGCGAAGAGGCUAUCUGUGGCUAGAGCCGGACUACGGGGCCGCGCAAGAUGGUGCAAAACUGACUGUUGGGAACAUCGAUGAACAUCGCAUCACAGCAGCCAUGACUGCAGUCAGCAAGGCCGAUUCCAUUCUGCAGAUGCAAGAUGAGCUGCUCUCAGCACUUUUCAAGCGCCGCUCCGAUGUGGAUUCUGCAGGGCAGACCUGGGAAUCCAGGCCCGUGGAGUCCUCGGCAGACGCUGGAGCGUCACACCUUGCCGGUCUGACGUUCGAUGCGCCCUCAGCGCAGGAGUGGCUGAAGCAACUGGAGCCAUCGCCAGAAGAAGACCUAUUGGCAGAUGCCCUGGUUGAAGGACUCUCCGAGCGCCAGAAGGCGCAGCCGUCGCAUCUUCCCCGUGCCGUGAAGCCGGAGGAAUCCCAGCGCUUGAACGCCCUGGUCACGGAGCUAGCCUCCCUGCAAGAACAGUUUUCCAAGGAGCGAGAGCAACUUGGAGCAGAAAAGGAGGAGGUCCGGGCAAAGGCCAAAGACCUUGAGAGAAGAGAGGCAGAGCUGGAGGCUGAGAGAGAGGCUCAGAGAAAGCGGGAAGAGGCGAGAAGGAAUUAUCCGCAGCCUGCAUGGCUCGAGAAGGUUGAGGAUUGCAUCAACAUUGCAGUCGUGGGCAACUCUGGUGUCGGCAAGUCCCUUCUUAUCAACAGGCUGCGGAAGCUGCGGCCACAAGCAGAGGGAUGGGCUGCCGUUGGGGUGAACGAGACGACGAGAGUGCCCACCAUGUAUCCGUAUCCGAAUCAUCCACUGGUCCGCCUCUGGGACCUUCCGGGCGCUGGAACCGCGGCCGUCCCUGCUGAGACGUAUCUACAGGACAUGGGGCUGCGAUACUUCGACGAGGUGGUGGUGGUGACAGCUGGACGGUUCACCGAGAUGGAGGAGGCACUGCGCGGUGAACUGGAGCGCCACGGAGUCCCGUAUCGCAUGGUUCGGACCAAGGUGGAUCAGGACAUUGCCAACAACAAGGAGGACAACUUUGUGGAGAAGCAGGAGACUUUGAAGCAAAUCAGAGAGGACUUGGAGAAAACCCACAAAGUGGAAACAACAAGUCUUUACCUCGUGUCCUCCAGGGAUCAAGAUGACUUUGACAUGCAGCCCGCCCAGACUCUGAUCGCGACAGCAUGUUUCAUGCAAUCAGAGCUUUGCGCCAAGCCUGUCGUUUCACCGCCAUGGACAUUGAAGCCCAAGAAGUUCUCAAGCCAGCCCUUGCGCAUCGUGGCGGGCAAGGGCGCGAAAGUCUAUGAUGAUACGGGGAAGGAGUACCUUGAAGCCAUGGCCGGGCUGUGGUGCACAGCUCUCGGCUGGGGCCAUGAAGAGCUGGUGGAUGCGGCUACACGACAGAUGAGGAACUUGUCUUACUACCACUGCUUUGCAGGCAGGCAAGUUCCCAUCGCAGAGGAGCUCGCCGAGAAGCUAAUCAGCUUGGCUCCGGACACACUGCAGGGUGGCAAGGUGUUCUUCGGGAUGUCCGGCUCGGAUGCCAAUGAUACGCAGGUCCGGCUGCUCUGGCACUACAACACCGUCAGAGGUUUGCCACAGAAGCGAAAGAUUAUCGGGAGAGUCCAUGGUUACCAUGGGGUCACCGUUGCCAGUGGUUCCAUCACCGGACUCCCGCAUGUCCAUGCGCAGAUGGGGCUUCCGCUCGACUUUGUGCGGCACGUCAGCUGCCCUUCCUUCUAUCGCUAUGGCAAAGACGGCGAGUCGGAGGCCGACUUCGUGCGACGCCUGGCGACGGAGCUCGAGGAGCUCAUCCUCGCAGAGGGACCCGACCAGGUCGCCGCCUUCUUCGCUGAGCCCUUGCAAGGGGCCGGAGGUGUGAUCCUGCCGCAGCUUGCCGUGCACUGGACCCCUGCCGCAUUCGCCGUGUUUGUAGCGCUGCAGAGGCCCGCCGGUUACUUCCCGGCCAUGCGAGAGGUCUGCGACAGGUACGACGUCAUGAUGGUGGGUGACGAAGUCAUCACCGGCUUUGGCCGAACCGGCAAAAUGUGGGGCUGCACCGCCUUUCAGCAGACCGUGGAUUUGCUGAGCUGUGCCAAGCAGCUUACCUCGGGAUAUGUGCCACUCAGUGCUGCCAUCCUCCCGCGUUUCAUGUACGACGCGAUCGAAGCCUCCACGGAGCGACGAGGCGGAAACAGAAAGAGACUUCGCUUGCCUCGCUGCAUCGCCUUGGAGACAGGCGGAGUCUUCGGUCACGGCUACACCUACACCGGGCAUCCCGUGUCCUGUGCAGUUGCACUGAAGCUGCUCGAGAUUUACGAGCGGGAACAAUUGCUGGAGCAGCGGGUGGUGCAGCUAGCCCCUCAAUUCCAGAGGCACCCCUUGGUUGGCGAUGCUCGAGGGAUCGGCCUCAUCGGUGCAAUUGAGCUCGUGAAGGAGAAGGAAACCAAGCAGCCUUUCGAUGCCAGCCGCGCCAUGGCGGCCAAAGUCGUGCAGUUCGCUUUGGAACGUGGGCUCAUCGUCCGGGUGAGCUCUGCAGAGGUCGAUGAGAUCUUUGAUCGUUUGGAGGGCGCACUUUCAGAUGCUCUUCCGCUGAGGCCUCGUCUUCUGGCAGAUCUUUUUCCGGGCCUGAAGCGUCAGUUGGAUCCAGAUGCGCCUGUCUUCUGCCCUGCUGGCACUUCGCAAGCAGCACAGGUUCACAGUGCUCCAUCGGCUUGGACUGACGCAUGGGCUCUGCCGCCGGCGCUCUCUGUAGCACUCUCCGGCCUGCAGGGCGGUUGGUGCGACGCGUACCGCUGCAUGUACCUGGUGCAGAACGACCGCUGCCACAUCACUCUGAGUUCCGGUCAUCAUACAGUGGUACCGCUGUCACAAGAUACGCGCGCCGUGUGGUGGAUGCAGCGUUGGUACGUGGACGAGGAGGCCGUCCUCAAGGCCAGAAGAAAGGGAGAACUCCGAUGGAAGCCGACCAAUUCGCAAGAUCAACCUUUGGUGUGGUGGUACUACUGCCAAUAA